GGAGGCCCUCUUUCCGCGCCUAGCGCAGCCAUGGCUCGUGGUCCCAAGAAGCAUCUGAAGCGUGUGGCGGCUCCAAAGCAUUGGAUGCUGGAUAAACUGACCGGGGUGUUUGCUCCUCGUCCAUCCACGGGUCCCCACAAGCUGAGGGAAUGUCUUCCUCUCAUCAUUUUCCUAAGGAACAGGCUUAAGUACGCUCUCACAGGAGAUGAGGUGAAGAAGAUCUGCAUGCAGCGGUUCAUUAAGAUAGAUGGCAAGGUCCGCACUGAUAUUACCUACCCUGCUGGUUUUAUGGAUGUCAUCAGCAUUGACAAAACUGGAGAGAACUUCCGACUCAUCUAUGAUACUAAGGGUCGUUUUGCUGUUCAUCGCAUUACGCCUGAGGAGGCCAAGUACAAGUUGUGUAAAGUGAGAAAAAUAUUUGUGGGCACCAAAGGAAUUCCUCAUCUUGUCACCCAUGAUGCUCGUACCAUCCGCUAUCCUGACCCCCUUAUCAAGGUGAAUGACACCAUUCGGAUUGAUUUGGAGACUGGCAAGAUUACAGAUUUCAUCAAGUUUGACACUGGCAACCUGUGCAUGGUAACCGGAGGUGCUAACUUGGGAAGAAUUGGCGUGAUCACUAACAGAGAGAGACAUCCUGGUUCUUUUGAUGUAGUCCAUGUAAAAGAUGCUAAUGGCAACAGUUUUGCUACUCGUCUUUCCAACAUUUUUGUUAUUGGCAAAGGCAACAAAUCAUGGAUUUCUCUUCCAAGAGGAAAAGGUAUCCGCCUCACCAUUGCUGAAGAAAGAGACAAGAGAUUAGCAGCCAAACAGAGCAGUGGGUGAAAUCUUACUAGGUGACAUAGAUGGGUGGAAGAGCCCUGAUGCUUAAAUAAAGAUGAUACAGCAUGAUUUAAUUUA